AUCUCCGAUUUUGAAAAAUGACACUGCCACUGUGAAUUUGGCGGUUAAAUUUUCGAGGUUUAUGUUUAUACAUGUGACAGAUAAUUCCUAUGAUAAGUCUGAUAGAUAUUAUUGUUUACGAUGUCAGCUACCAUUGGAAUAGCAGGCAUACAUGUGAAAAAAUUAGGUCAUACAAUUGAUGAAAUACGAUUGCGAGCUUUGGAUAAUAUUAUUUCCAAAUAUGAUCUCGGUUUCGUAUGCGACUGCGAUGCUGUCAAAAGAGAGAUAAUUCAAAGGCUGUUCAAUUGGUUUUCGUUCGAGGUUGCUCCACAGCCAGAGAAAGUACUGAAUUUAUUAUUACGGCUGGCAAAGACAGAUGCAAAAAGUUACUUGAAUGCAUUUGGCAAAUUAAAGUUUCAAAAUGAACUUUACGAAUUAAGAAGAAAACUCUCUCCUGAAUGGUAUGCAAAAUUAGAUGAAAUUGAAGAAACUAUUAUUUAUCCAGAAAGAAGUCGGAUAGAUGGAUCAAAUAUAGAUAUAAAGGAUUCAACUGUAAAUAUAUGUUCAGAUUUUGAUAGACAUAGAACACAAACACAAAAUCGUACUAGAUAUGUAAAUAAAAAUUAUGAAAGAGGAGACCAUAAUGAUUUACAUGGUAUUUUCAAUCUACCAUCUAUCUUCGAUAGUACAAUUCCACUUGAUGAGACAUUGGAACGCGAGAUUGGUACGCAAGUUUCUGAAACAAUAGAAAACGGUAUAAAAUGGCUAAUAAUGCCAUGGCAGCCACUGGUCACAUCAGAUAGAGGAGUACUUACUGCGGUUGAGGAAGCUCUUAAUAAUACUAUUGAUAUUAAUCAUAUAUUACAUACUUGUCAAUUUAUAACAAAUGUUAUGAUGCAAGAUUUUCCAGCAGAAGUUUUUCUUCAGCGACCAACAAUAGUAAUAAUACUUCAUGGGUUUCUUAAAUCAAGUACUAACAUGACAGAAACUAAUAUCGCGUCUGUGGUUCCAACUGUUUUGCGAACCUUGCGUAAACUGACACGUUCUUUAAAGUUUCGCAUAUAUUAUUAUUGUGAACCAUGUGUGGCAAAUAAAAAGCAAAAGUUACUGGCUAGCAAAUUGGAUAGCAACAUUUACACAUCCUCGGAAGCUGGAGAUGGUCUUGAUGGUGGUUUACCUGAGGCAAACUAUCAAGCAUAUCAAUCAGCAGGGACUAGCGAAAGAAGUCAGAGCAUUAGCGAGAAUGUCGAUGAUUCUGUCUUACAAUUGCAACAGAUGCUUCUGCCAGUUUAUUGUAUAGAGUCUCUGAAACAUGUUCUUAAUCAGUUAAGUUUACCCAUCGACUCCACUUUUCCUCUACAAAACAUCAAGUACAUCACAGAUCUAACUCACGAAUUAGUACAGUUGCUUAUAAUUAGUAUAAUGCCGAAUAUCUGGCUCUGCAACGAUGAUACGGCAUUGAAGAUAAACGACGAUUUGAAAGCGCUAUUUAAUUUAAUGGGGGAAGUAAUGGAGUACUUUGAAAAUGGCAACGUUGAUUACAUGAGGAUAACAUACUUGCAUCUUACCACUAUUAUUAUAAAAUUAUUGAGCAGUAUUGUGCCAUUGGAACUGGCAGAUACUGUUAUACCGAAUAGUUUAAAAGUAUCCAUAGCAAAUGCUAUAAUGGAUGCCCCAAUAUAUCUAUUAUAUCCAGCAUUGCAUUCCAUGCUCUUGGAAUAUACUCGUCAAUUUCAAGGCACUAAUCAGAUAGAAUUGAUAAAACUCUUUGAUGAAACUAAAACUGUUACAAAGUCUAUGCAGGCAGCUAUCUCAGUAUUAAAAGGUUUAUUGGAACAAUCACCUUCAGAGACUUUAAAAAUGUUGUAUGCAUCUAAAUUGAGUUUGCCAUAUCACAAAAAUUUGACUAUUGUAAAAAUUGCUGUAAAAUUUUUACAAGAUAUUUCAAAAUAUUCUCUGAGUAAUGAAGAUUAUGCACUAGCAACAAAACUGAUAUUAAAUUUAUUAGCAAAUGGAGAUGUAAAUAUUCAGCAUGCCACAUAUGUUGAGUGCCAUAUUUUGGUUAAAACUAUUUUAGGAGUAGAAUAUAACAAAGAGAAGUUAUCAUGGACAAAUUUGAUUUUCUUACUUGAACCAAAUGUUUUGACAGAGAUUAUCUCUCAUGGUGCGAUGAGUGAAGACAUCAGGAUAAAUGAAAUAUCAAGAGACAUGUUAGUGUUUAUACUGAAAGGAAGAAUACAAAUGGGCGAAACUGGAUGGUUAAAAACUUUAGAAGCUUUUGUUCCUGUGCUCUAUCUUCUGCAGUGUCACGCUGAUACCCAUACAGCUUUAGGUCAGUGUGUAACCAAGAUAUUUGAUCCUGAUGUUUCCAACACUAUACAAUUGCCGUUUAUCGAGAUUUUGAAGGGCAAUUUAAGAUUUCUGUAUUCACCAAAUAGUGAUAUACGAGAAGAAGCAUUAUAUCGCUUAAUCUGGCUCCUUGGAAAGGAAAAGGAUUCUGUCCAAAAAUUACCACGUCUGUCAUCUUUACAUGGAUUACCUCUCAGUUCACUCUGCAUAUUUGAGCAUAAAACCUUCUUUAAGCGAUCAGAAGGCAAUUAUCAGAGGAGCAAUAUGUUGUCAGUAUUGGAAAUGUUGAAUGAACCAAAUGUCGAUCCGAAAAUACGAAAAUCCGCAUUAGUACAAAUUAACGUGAUGCUUUCUGAUACUUCUUUGCAUAAAUUAUUUAUUAAUCAAGGUGGACUGUCUUUGAUCUUGGACAUUUUUAAUAAAGCUCUGAUAGAGAAAGAUUAUAUAAAUUAUCCAGAUUCUGUGAUACCAAUAAUCAGCAUAUUAAAACUUCUUGCAUUUACCGAAUGUUCUACACGACACGAGUUAUCUAUCAGCACCAAUGUUUUCUUUAAUAUUAUAAGAAGUCUUUUUCUAUUUCCAAAUAACGAAUAUAUAAAAACCGAUGGCGCGCAACUGUUGUGUUUACUUCUCUACAGCGAACAUAUCAUAAGAGUUAGUGAAAAAGCAGCAUUAGUAGAAAAUAGCAUUGCAUCACAUAUUUCAUUACCUUAUAUUAUUGUGACAAAUAUGAAAUUACCAUUUGCAUGCAAAUCUCAUUGGAAAACGAGUGCACAUAGACGAUCUGAUGUAUCAUUACUUCAUGGUAGCAAUCCAAUAGCUCUAACUUUCAUUAGACAGUAUUGGGCAUGGGAAUGGAAUGAUGGCAUAAACAUGUUAUGGAAAAGCUUAGAUGAUUUAAAUAAUUCUGAAAUCACACAGAAAUUGAUGAUUCUUGAAAACGAUUUUCUUUCUCUGCAGUAUAGCUUCCCUCAAUAUUGUUGUCAACAGCAACUCUACAAUAUCCAAAAUUCUACCACGCAUUAUAGUGUUAUAUGUGCAUUAGACUAUCUUACAAUGUAUUUAAAAUUUUACAAGAUACUCCAACGUAAUAACGAAAAAGAUAUGGACUCGCUACCUUGGGAACAAACAUUUGAACGAUUUUUAUUAUCACAUCCUGCUAGUAAAGAAGACUGCGAUUUAUUUGUGGAUGUUCUAAUUUUUUUGCAAUUAUAUUUAAAUGUGGCAAAAAAAGGGAAAGGAUCAUGGAUCAGUAAGAUUAUGAAAAACAUGACAAGAUCAUUGGCAGAUUUAUUUAAGAAUUUGGAAGUCGACAAUCAGAAUGUACAUCAAUCUAUACUUAAAUUAGUACGUACAUGUUCCGCGAUCGAAAAGGUACAGAAAUCCAAUGGCGAACCUAAGAAUACCUGGAUUAAAUUUGUAGAGUUUGUUGUUUCGACACUAUGUUUUGGAGAUCAGCAGCAUUUUUAUAAUCUCGCAUAUCUUGAUUGGUUGCUAACAUGUUUAACAUAUUUAAUUGGACAGUGUGAAUGGGGAAAUCAUAAGAACUUAUUAUUAUCCCUUUGCAACACACUUAUUGAACCAAUUGUAUCCUUUCAUGGUGCUGGAACAGUUAGCUUUAUGGGUUUAUCGAUAACAAGAAAUUCGAUAAUAUGUCUUAAUCAUUUGUUACAUCAGAUGCAAGUAAAUUUUAAUAAGAAUUCAUGGAUAGUAUUUUGGCAUGAAGAAGGUCGCUCAUUAAAUUGGUUGCCUAUGUUAUGGCAAAAUCGAGACCCCUUGGUUCGCGCUUCGGCUUUGCAAUUACUGGCAGGUCUGAUGAACACAGUACACACUGCGUCGCAACUCCUCAACGCAAUUGCCAUGGCGCCGAGUGAUCUGUGUCAUACGUUGCUUCAAUGCAUUGCAAACAGAGAAGAAUCUUGUUUAGUUAGAGAGCAAGCAUGUAUUGCAUUUUGCAAUAUGCUGAAGAAUUCGAUAGCUUAUCAAUGUGAUGAUUCUUUACAAUCACAAGUUAUCCUAAUAUAUGUCGAGCAAUGUAAUAUCUAUCAUGAAAUUGGUGUUUUGUGUUCCAACAUCUAUACGUUGACUACUCUAGAUGCAGAACAGGAAUAUCAAAAAAACAAUGGCAAAGCAAUUUUUAUGCAGAGUGCGCAAUCUGGUUGCUUUUCACUGGUACCACGCAUUGUAUCAUAUCUAUAUAACUGUCAGGAUGAAUUACAAGCAUUUUCCGGUAGAGAUUCGGAAAUAACAGACACGGACAGUUCCAUGCAGUCAAUCGCGACGCCUUCGCUCAUUACAGCUGCUUGUAACUUAUUAAACAAUUUAAUAUUCAUGGGACUACAUGAAGUAGUUCGGCAAAUUUAUGAACAUUCCAUCGAUAAGUAUUUAUUUGGAUGUUUGAACAAAAUUCCGAAAGAUAACGGAAGCAGAAAGAGUUUGAGCCAUUAUUUCGAUGUGUUGGAGAUGUAUAUUAGUAUUUGUACGGUUCUAACAAAUUGCAUUAUGCACAGCAAUGAAUACACAGCCGUCAUUCUUUUUUCCUCAGACUCGCUUUACACUUUAUUCUCCUUCUUGAAUAUAGAUUUGUAUCAAUCUACCGAACCGCGCCUGAUGUACCUGCGUAACAGACUAUGGACGGAAAUCUAUAACUUUAUAGCUAUACUUUCAUUAACGGAAGAUCAGCAUUUCGAAGCCAUUCAAAGCGCGCUAGAAUUAUGUGGGCCAGAAAUUGCGAUGGCUUCUAUCUAUUUUGCGAUAAAAGACUCUGCAACAGAUUUGAGAAUGAGUGCCAUCAGUUGCUUAGCCUUUUUACUGUCUCAGGAGAUUCAGAAAGACUCUCUGGGGAAAAACAGUGUCUCUUUAUUACGGACGACACUAGAUACAGUACUCGAUACGCGUAUCGCAAGAAAAGGCAAGGAUGGUAAUUUGCGAGACGUUAUAUUAAGCGUGAACAAAUUGUCGAUAAGAAACGCAAAUGUGCAUUCCAAAAAAUCGAACGAAAGUGAGAAAAAUUUACAUUCGGAAGACGAAUCAUCGAAUCAAGAACAUAUUACAAUAGGAGGCGAAUUAUGCGGGCUCUUGUUACAUCUUUUCAUUGCUCAUAAUUACGCGAAAUCUAAAAGGGAUCACAAACAGUCGGAAGAUAAGGAUCUGAUUGUAGGUGCACUGACUAAUUUAUUAUAUGUGUCAAAGGAAGCAAAAUGCACUGCAUUGCAGAGUAAACUUCCUGAGACAGCAUUGAUGAUUCUCAAAGAAUUAUAUGUUAAACUAAAUCUUCAACCGUUUGAACUUUAUAAGAAACAAAUAGAAAAGAAAACUCAUCCUCUGUUACAUGAUGUGAACUGUAUCUUUAUACUUCUGAUGAACUUUAUGUAUGAAGAUGUAAGUGUUAAGGAGAACCUGACGAAGGAAGGAUUGGCAGAUGUCAUACAUAAAUUGUGGGCCUGGGUAGCAUUAAAUAAAACAGUGUCGACGUCUGCUUUGAAAUUGCUGGCGACGUUCACAACAAAAUGUAACAUUGCCGCGCAAUCUUUAACGUUAACGACAAUAUUGCCGGGAACCGGAUUAAGGAAAACACCAAAUACGCUCGCAUUGAUACACGUUAUCAUGCAAGUGGCGAGUAAAGAAAUCGAAAAAGCCGGUAAAAUUUUCGAUAAUCACAAGAUACACUUUACUUUUCAUAUUUUACGAAACGCGGUACAUGUUCAUGAGUGUAGAAUCUGUAUUUCGAAGAGUAAUCUUCUUCAAUUUUUUACUAAAAUACAUCCUACUCUUACAAAAAGGGUAAAGCCAUGGCCAUUAGUAGAAAUGUAUUGCCUAGAAUUUUUAAUAGAUUUUACUUAUUAUGAGGAAGGACAGUUGUGUGUACCAAAGGCUACUGAUGCUCUAGAUGUUUUAAUACACUUAGCAAAGUGUUCAUCAUCAUCAAGCAAAGUUCUUGCAAUAUCAAUUCUACGCAAUUUAGCAUUCAACAUAACGAAUAGACCUCGACUCCUUAGUUCAGUGGACUUUAUCAAUUUGUUACACGAUAUCUUUAAGAGCGGAUCGCCAUGCGAAAUCAACCUAGCUGGUUCCAUGUUGUGGUCCUUGAUCAGCAAUAACCAGAAGGGAAAACUCAUAGCACGAAGCGCAGGAUUUUCUCAGAGCAUUCGGGAAGCUCUUGGAAGAUUUACGUUGUCGAGUGUCGAUGCCAGUAAACAGGAGCAAGAACUAGUCAAGGUUCUGCAGUAUGUGCUCACCAUUCUUAGCCCAGUCGAAGUAAAGAACGGUGGGACAUAAAAUUUUAUCAAAAUUUUAUCAAAUAACUAGAUUGUAUAUAAUUAUACUUCUGAUCUAUAUUGAUUUAUGAAAUAAUUCAAUGAUGUAAUAUUUUUUUAUAUACGAAGCAUUGUGUAUAAUUCUUAUUGGAGAUACAUUUUGGAGAAACAAUCUACAAAGUGAUCUACAAUAUAGGUAAUUCAACAACA